CUUCUUGAAGUAAAACUGAUCCUGAGGACACUUCACCUGACGGGUUUCCUCCAAGAAAGACACAGAAUUUCGCCAAUUUGUUCUGAGCGCGUUAGAAUAGUUGAUCGAAGCGCCCGUGUUGAGUUACCCAUUUCCUUUUUAGAAAUUCUCCAUUUCUUUUGUCUCCUAUCUCCUGUCUCUUCGACAUUUCCAACCAUAGCGACCUUAACAACGACCGUUUCCAUUGCAUAUCGCAUCUAGUUUACAUAAAGCUCAUCUCUUUUUCAAUCUCUUUCUUUCUUUGAAUCCCUUAUUUUGUACCACAUCCUAUCGAAUUCUUGUGAUGGCGGAAGUCUUCCCUUCCGAGGAAAAGACGGAGCCGUUCACUCCAGAGGAACUCGAACAGAGACUCCACAGCAGUAUCCAAGUCGACGAGGUCGGCGAUGCACACCAUGACACCGUUCCGUUGGACGACCUAGUUAUCGAGGAAGACCACCAUAAGCAGGGCAUACGAAUUCUGGUGCGACCGCUGACGCGAAACCGUUCAGUAAGCCCCGGAAAUGAGAAUGUCCAGUGGCUAGCGUUGCGCGCCGAGGUGGCCGACCCUUCGCAGCCUAGAUCCAGAGUGCUUGCGGUGACUCAGACCUCCAAAGAUAUCAACUUCUCUAUUAGGAUUCCACAAGGCGAAGAAGAACGUAGGCCGCCGAUAUGGUGCGAGUUGUACUAUGAUCCGGCCAGCGACAGCCUAAUAUUGUGGAAUAAGUCUGACGUACCCAUCGUCCUCGCCAGGGUCUCCCAACAAGGUCCCGUCCCCGGAUCCAACUUUGAUCAAGAUAUAGUGCCGGGAACUACCAAGGAUCUCUCUCCAGGCACUUGGCGAAUUAGCGUUCACGCCAUCCCAAUCCUCGACUUAAGGAUACUAGAAAAGCGUCCCGCUACGCUAUUGAUCCCUCGUGAUAGCUUCGACUCAUCUACAACCGCCACUCCGGACUCUCGGAACCCAUUCAGGAAACGAUCCUUCCCCUCUGAUGCUGGUGAGGGUGUGCCGGAGAGUCCCGUCGCGGAGAAGAAAGCUCGUAAAGAUGGCCAAGAGAAAGACGGCGUAAUUGUAUUCAUGGGCCCGAAGGACGAGGAGCUCAUAUUUCCUUACCCCAACGCCUCUAAGACAAAGCAGGUCGCUAUCCCCAACGGCCAUGCGCUCCUAGAGGUCCAGAAGGACGAGACAGCCGCUAUACCUGGCGGGUCCGAGUUUGAUCAGUACCGACUAACGAAGCGGGAGCAGAUCGCCAAGACGGCCGCAUCGUCAGUCUUUACAGCGGAGCAUUCUGGCGUACCGGACGGCGUCAUAACGGUCAAAGUACUCAAGACUCGCGGUCCUACUUCUGAUGCACGGCCACAGGAUACCCACCGCAAUGUAAUCCGCCAAGCGGAUAUAUGGUUACGCGAGUACCAAAGCCAAGAAGACUUGCAGCAUGAGUCGAUCGUGCGACUAUACGGCGGCGAUGCGCGCUACCUAUCACUAUACAUGGAGCAUGUGGACGGUAAGGACCUAGCGGCUCGUGGUGUGUGGCGUGAAGCUGCUACGGAUCUAUUCGUUGGCGAUCGGCGAGAUGCCGUACGCAUCCUUCGCGACAUCGUUAGUGCCUUGCAUUACGUCCACCAGAAGCGCAAAUCCCACAACGAUAUUAAGCCCGCGAAUAUCCUAUAUUCGCGCGACCGCGGCGCCGUACUAUGCGACUUCGGACUAUCAACCCGAAUCACCGACCCGGCUACUAACGGUGGUACUCCCUACUACGUGCCGCCCGAGUUCAUAGGACACAAGUUGCGCGGGCCCGCCUCCGACGUAUGGGCGCUCGGCGUCACGAUGCUGUACGUCUUACGCAAGAUCCCGUUCCCGGAUGCCCGCGGCCGCCAGGGCCACCCCAAACAGCUGUACUGGAUGAUCGCGGACCUAAACCGAAAGGCGCCUCCCCAUCACGGGAACCACGGCAAAGCUGUAUCUGCAGUCACACAAAUGCAGCAGUGGCUCAGCGAGGUCAACGAGGCCAAGGGGCGCCUCAAUCCGCGCGAUCGCAUCGAGAACCUAGUGUUGCAGAUGCUGACUCCUAACCAUAUCCACCGUAUCACCAUGGCCAAAGUCUCCGAGCUGUUGAAAGAGAAUGCCACCGCAAGAAAGUAAGCGGAUGGACAUGUGCAAGGUCGAUGACGAACGGACGAGUCGAAUCGAAUCGAUCUAGAUUGUCUGUCAUAUCAGUGUCAACCACACCUGAUCUGAUGUUAUAUCUUACUUUAUAUUUUGCCUCACCUUAAGCCUCGUCGAUGGCACACGACAAAAUACCCAAUGUCGCCAACACAUGCCAAUCGAGCUCGACGCGGCAUACUCACUUUAAUCAAUUAGCUAUGAACAUAUAAGAGUUCCGGAGGGGAAUACCAACGUUACGAUCACGUUCCCACUCGAUGUCUUUUUCGACGCAGCGUAUUUAUUUACGAUUUAGAGGGGAGAUGCCGUAUUCGAUGGUUCGAAGCUG